UUCACUCGUCCGUGAUACAUCACGUCACGCAAUUUACUACGCAUUCACAUCAUUCCUCCUCACCCCUCAUCUACCUCCACCCACCUCGCUCUGCUUCUUCGCUGCGGAAGGGAAAUCCACCAGAGGGACCAAGGUGAGCAACAGCGCCCUCGUCGUCGAACUACUGGGCGGCGGCAAGGAUCACUCUCCUCUGCCGGGCCGGCAAGUGCCGGGGGCAGGCAAAGCGGAUAGGGGUAGAGAGGGAAGAUGACUGAUUUUUUUAGCGGGAUCCAAGCUGGUAUGGUUGUCAAUCGAUUAGAGAACAGUGAACAGUCGCCCGAAGAUUGGAACAGUGAUGGGGAUGGUUCAGGGGGCACAACUGGUUUGCUUGAAUCACCAUGUUUCACGUCCAGGCUUUCUGUGCUCAAAGUGGGUUCAGUCAUAAGCAAGUUUUCUGAAUUCAAGUGCCAAUUAGUCAGGGAAACUGGAUUCGAUGGAAUGCUUGAGAUAAAAUCAUGGCAGAAGAUCAACCUGAAAUACAACGCUUAUAUAAUGGAUAGAGUCGAUGUAGAUUCACGUAUAAUAAAUCUUGAGCGCCAAGGUGUUAUUGAACUAUGUGACAAGGACAUGAAUUAUGUGUUUGGCAUCCCAUGUGGCGAUUCAACCAUAGAAGGCGAGGGAGUUGAGCCGUCAGUAGCUUGCAUUGAGUAUACCCGUGCGGCAGCAUCGUUUAGUGAUAGAGGCACCCACAGCCUGAAAGCAGCAGAGGCAUACUUAAGCAGAUGCAUAGCAGAAUCAUCUACUCAAUUAGAGCAGGACUGCUUCAAAAUUGCUUUUGUUAUUUUUGUUGUUGGUCAUGUGUUGGCACCUACUGCGAAGCACGAUUAUAUAUUAAUUGAUUUCUGGGCUGCACUGAAUGAUAUCAGCAAGAUAAAGGAUUGGAAUUGGGGAGGAUACGUGUUGAAAAAUCUUUUUCAAGCUGUCAAAAAGUUCAAGGCAGAUGUUUUGAGGAGAAACCCAACCGUGCAUAUAGUUGGAUGUCAUCUGUUUCUGCAGCUUUUUGUGCUUGAUAGCCUCGAGCUGGGUGUUCUAAACAGGGCAAGAGGUGUAACCCCGCGUAUAGGCUUGUACGACUAUGAGUCGAUCAAGAAUAUGGUUGAGAAAAUUACAGUGAAUUCUGCCCCGGGCGAAGUUUCCUUUCACGGCCCACCGGUGCGGAGCGAGCUCUCCGUGAGAAACCUAAGUGUGUGUCGUCCGAAGGAAGUUUGUGCAACAAAUACACCAAAGCCCACGACAGCGCCCAAAAAGGCAAAUGCAACGUGCACACCAAUUCCACGGAAUAGCUAUGCCAAAACCGAUGCGCAAGAGUUUUCAAAUUAUAUACGAACACGCUACCCAAGCAUAUCAACGGAGAAACUCGGCGUACUUCUCCGUGAGCAGAAUGCCCGUGGGCUAGCAAAUAUUUCAGAAAUGUGUCAAGCCUUCCAGUCCAAUAUGUUCACUUUCACUGACAAGCUAAUGAUAUGCAUAGCAGAUAGCUGCACUUGUUGCAAGGCGCAUGGAAGCAAAAGGUGCAUCUUGAAGAGGGAAGACACCAACACCGACAAUGUACCUCCCAUGGCAUCAGUAGAUCAAACCCAAUUCAGCACGCCUUUAGUAAGCAAGAUUGGACCCCGAUUACCAGCACCAGGGAACCAUGAAGGCACCGUGUCGGCGAACAGCCCUGUGUCUUGGAAAAGAGAUGGCAGUUUAUCUUCAAGCGUACAGUCAGGCACAUCAAAGAAAACCUACUCACGUGAUCAGCAGGCUAUUGUUGCACUAACCCCAACAUACAGUCAGAGCCCACACUAUCAGAACCCCAUAUCACAGGAUAGAACCAUAAUGGAAAUCGCUAGCAAUAUUGUCGCAUUUACCGAAAAAGGGUUUCCCCCCGCUUUGUAUACAAAGCAACCAACCGAACCAUCCAACGAUAGGUGCUGGGGUGGAAACAGCACAGUCACGCCCAAAAGAAAAGAAAGAGAAAAUACAAGAGAAACAAACGCCGACAACGGCGGAUCGACAAAGAAACGAAGAAGCCUCGUGGCCGCUGCACCCACCGGAGAUCUCCCACCAGACUCCGAGCCUCCGAAGCACCGGUACCAAUCAACACCUCCAAGAAGGAACGCGACGAAGACGACGCUGCUGCCAAGUGUUUCCCCCGGUACGGUGAGGGGAGAGGAAGGGUAGCUCCGACGCCCUCCAGGAAGGUCUGGCGGCACCCACAAGCACCACCGCGUCGAUGUCGGCCAGGCCAACAGAGAUUUCUCCCGAUCCCAACCUCCACCUCAGGCACUCCGAAGCUCGCCGCCAAACAGACCCUCACCCUGCGCCAGCCCGGACACGAAGCGUUCAACGCUGUCUCACCACGGCACCGUGAAGCAUGGUCGGCACGAUGAAGAAGAGGAGCCGGGACCAGGCAACAGCACCAUCGGCACGCGGGAGGGCCCCACCUCCACCGCUGAAGACGGUAGCUGACCGGACGCAAUGGCAGGAACACACCAGGCCCGUGGCCGCACAGGCCCAGCCGGGAACGCAGAGGCCCGUAAAGUUCCCGCCUUCGCGCUGCAGCCGGCACGCCGUCGGCUCCGCCGCCCCUGUCCAAGCUGCUCCCCUUCCUCCCCACACCGAAAGCCGCCAAGGGAGGCACCACCAACACGCGCACCGCCGGCCACCAUCACCAGGUCGCCGGACCGCCACCGGCCGAGCCGCACCACCGCCGCACGCCCACGACGGAGAGGAACCACCACAGCCGCCGGCAGCCCGAAGCCGGACCCCAGC